UUUGCAACAAACUGACAAAAUUCACAUUUUGAUAGCAGUUCAGGAGAGGACACGUGUUGUCCUCCCGUAACCGCUUAGGGGCCCACUAAUAAUUAAAAAAAAUUACAAAAUGCAGGUAUAAUUUGCAUCAAUAGCAUUCCUGUAAAAAGAGAAGCUGUGGCAUUUGAAAAUUAUUGUAAUUGCAGCCUGGUAGACGUUUAGGGUGCCAAAUCAUGCUUGCCCUCAACAAAAUAUGAAUUAUGCAUGGAAAUCAACAAUAACAAAGCGUAUCAUUGGUAACUGAGAAGCAGGAAGCUCAAAACGCCGCUUAAGCGUGAAUCAAAACUGGCUUGAGAUAGUUAAAAUCUCAGAUAUUUAAAAACGUGGAGGUUCUGGGGUUGUAACAACAAAGGGGACAAGUAACCACAGAAUUCUGCUGGCAGCAAAAAGGGAUGGAAUUUCCCAUCUUCAAGUCGAUACUGUCUGGAAAGAGAUGCCAGACACGAGCAGAUUAACAUCAAAUUCACCAGAGAUCAUGUCAGAAGGGGAUCGACCAAAAAGUGGUCUGAGUUUAGCCAGCAGUACAGCCACCAUCUCUUCAGUUUCCAUGGGAACAAAGCCAAACGCAGCCCGGCCAGUCCGGAAAGUGCAUACAUUUGGGAAGAGAGCAAACUCCAUCAAGAGAGAUCCUAACUCUCCUGUUAUAAUGCGUGGCUGGCUUUAUAAGCAGGAUAGCUCUGGGCUGAAACUAUGGAAACGGCGUUGGUUUGUCCUUUCCAAUUACUGCCUCUUCUACUACCGAGAUAGCCGUGAAGAGAUGGUUUUGGGCAGUAUCCUCCUCCCCAGCUAUGAGAUUCGGACAGCUUUCUCCAAGGAGAAGAAGAACCGUCGCUUUGUAUUCAAGGCUGAACACCCUGGCAUGCGGACUUACUAUUUCAGUGCCGACACCCAGUUGGAUAUGAAUAGCUGGAUCAGGGCCAUGAACCAGUCAGCUGCUGCUGAGUGCAACUGUGGAAACCUCAAUCAAGGGGGUCUCCACAGCCAGUCAGUGUCUGCCCACACCAGCUUUGAGGACAUCCGGCUGCCCCAGGGUGAUUGUGCCAAAAGCACCGAAUCACUAGAAGUUGCCCAUCUCUCAGAGAUCCAGGAAGCCCGGGCCUCCUCGUCCGAGAGCCUCCACCUGCCUGACAUCCAGACAGGAUCUCCUUGCGUUAAGAGGGCUUCUUUAUCUAGUUCACUCAACGGGAGCUUCUGCUGUGAAAAGAAAGAGCAGCCAGAACUGAGCUCCCUGUCAUCCCAGACACACGGAUGUCCCUCUCCUAUUAGUUGCACCAAGUUCGCUUCCCGGCCACGGAGCCCACUACCGCCUUCAUCUGAGAGUCCACCUCCUCCUUCUCCAUCUCAGAUAUCUCAGCCUUCCCCUGUGUUUUCACUGCGUUCCUCACGCGCUUAUUCCCUCCCAGUAGCCCCAGCCGAGUCCCCAAAGUUGCCACAGGCUCACCUCCCGAACAUGCAUGAUCCCCACUGGAGCCUUCAUGAUGCCCAUCGGAGCCCUCCGCGAUCUGUAGUUGCACAGGCUGCCUCCUGUGAUGACCUCUCUAUCAUGAGCUCGCCAAGGAGUCUGCAUGCUAACAUUCCCAUGGGGAGGGUGGACAUUGCCCCCAACAAAGGCCUUCCCAAUAACCCUUACGCUGUUGCAUCACCAGCCCACAAAGGCCACUCUCUGACCCCUGCAGACCGGUAUGAUGUGUUCCCUACUUCUGAAGACUCCUAUGCCAGGCGCUACGCUCAAAGUCCUCAUCUCCAUAGAGUCCGGCCUGUGGGUGAAGAUGGCUUAGCCCCCUCAAUAGGGAGACCGCAGCAAAACAGAUUUACAGACCGAGGUUACCUCUCUCCAUCAGUUGGCCCGUCCCGUGCUUUGGUCAUGUCCCGACUUCAUGGCCGACUGAUAACCCCCCACUCUGCCUCAUCAAGCUACCUGCACCUACCACCCCUUCCUCCCCUGCCCAAUCGGCCCACCCCAGGAAAAAGGACAUCUAUAGGGAUCACGGGUCGAAACACACUCCGGGAAAGGAGUACCCAAUCUCCUGGCAGGCAACGGUUUGAAAGUGACACUGAUGCUCUCUUGACAAAAUUGUGCGGCCAAGACAAGGUGCUUCGAGGUCUGGAAGAAGAGACAGGGCAGCUCCGUAUUGAAAAGGAACGCCUUGAAAAGGCCUUGGAAGUAACACACUUGAGGCUGGAGGAAUUUAAAGGCCAAGAUGCCACCGUGGAGAAGAUCUGCUAUCAACAAAGACAACUACAAGAUGAACUGGUACAUACUCGUGCCCGUCUCUGCGAUCUCGCACUGGACAGUGAACGAGUGUGGGAGGAUUAUACGGCCUUGGAAAAUGAUGUUCAGAUGCUGAAGGGUUCCUUGGAGCAUAUCCGGACUGCUGGGCAUCCCCAGGAUCAAGCAGCAGCUCAACAGGAUUUGUGGAGAAUCCACGACAUCUUGGCAGGACUGAGAUGCAGCCCAGCAAAUUAUCGCACCCUGGAAAACCGAAGAUCAGAUGUGUCUCCAAGCUCACCCCCACCUCUGGAUUCUCAUUUGGGGGCAAAUCAUCACUCUCUGUUCUCCUGCACUGAAACAAAGGAAUCUACUCCCAUCUAUGGGCCGGAGACAGGAAAACCAGCCAGAAUGGGGAGCAAACAGCAGGAUUGCCCUGGUUCAGCAAACUGGCAGCAAAGUCCAUCUACCUCCAGCAGAGGGCAGUUGGGAGCAUCUCAGCAUGUGGAUGGACUCAAGGGGUCCCCAAACCAUCCCUCCACUGAGCCCCCAGAGAGUGAGAAAGGGAAGGUUGGCAGAGGAGAAGAUUCUAUUAGACCAGGUUCUACCCAGCCUUUCCUCCAGGAGCUCAAAAGUGCCAUCCGUAGCAUUCCUUUUUCUUUUUCCAAAGAACAAUCCUGUGAGGUGGCCUCUUCCGAAACGACGGUCCCUCGGCGAUCCCGCAUGAGCGCCCAGGAACAGCUGGACAGGAUGCAGCGGCACCAGGAGGCCAAACGGAAAUCUGAGGCUGCUCAGCCCCCACCCUUGGGCCACUGGCGAGACUCUCUCAAGCAUGGGUCUAGCCGGCCCCUUCCCAAUGCCCCCCCUGAGUCAUCACCCAAGGAGGGAAUGCAAAUUGGGGAAGUCAAGCCUCCUCGGUGCCCCCCAACCCCUGAGUGGGAGCGACAGCGGGUAAUGCAGCUCUCCUAUGCGCUGGCGACCGAGGCUUCGCAGCGGGGAAAACUCCUCACAGGAAGGACCAGUUCUCGCUCCUCCCUAGAUGAUUUGCUUGCCUCAGAAGAUGGCUUGAACCAUCACUAUUUUCCUGGGGAUGGCACCUGCAUAAAGCUAGACUCUAGCAAUACAACAGAUGGACACAAUCAAACAAAUACUCAGAGUCCCAGCUGUAGCACUGACCCUAAAGUUGCAAAUCAGGUGCCAGCGUCACCCCAAGCGAACAAACCAAUGUUCAGUUCCUCAGAAGCUUCUGACUGGUCCUUGCCUUGCCCUUGCGAGGAAAGUUGGUUGCCAUCCAAGCUGAAGACUCCACAGCCGGCAUCCCACCUGUUUGACCCAGCCAGAGAGGAGCCAUUCCUACUCAGCGGUCCUCAUUGGGAGGAACCUUUGCCUCAGGCAACCAAUUGGAAUGGAUGUUUUUGCAGAACAGCCAAUUGGGUUCUGCCUCCUGUAUGGGACUUAGAGAUGUGGGCAGCUGAUCAAAAGCUAGUCGGCAAUCCAAGCCUAAACAAUGGGAGAUGCAUCCAUUGGAGAGGUGAGCCUCAACAGGUGGCAGCAUAUUUUGGAGAAAUGGCACAGCCUGUUAAGGUCACCUUGAUAAAAUCAAGUUUUUAACUGAAGUGGGAUGAAGAGAAGAUCUAAAGUGUCAUAAAAGAAUAGAGGCCAGUCUUGGAGAUGGUUGCCUGCUCUCUUAGAAAUAUUCAAAAUAAGAACAUAUAAAACCUUGGCCUUUUAGAUCAGAAACACCGUAUCUCCUGUAUGUGAACAUCUCCAGCAUACCAUCUGUAUUUCCCAAUUAAAUUUUCUCAGUUACUUUCUCACCAACUCAUCUAGUCUAGAAAAACCAUGAUUUUUUUUGUUUAGUUUUCGUUGUUGCUCCAGUCCUAGACGCUCCCGGAAAUAAAUCAUGAUGAGUUCCAUGGUCUCAGUCUAUAGCAGUGGUUCUCAACCUUGGCAGCUUUAAGAUACCUGGACUUCAAAGUAUCUUAAAGUUGCUAAAGUUAAGAAACACUGGUCUACAAAUUUAUAUACUGGUUUGGGAAAUGGGAGCACUCAAUUUCAAAUCCAUACGUAUUCAAGACGUUUAGUAGUUAUGGCAGAGAAUGCUCUUACUCUUUGAUGUUUAUGAGGUCAAAAUCCACCAAGAUUGCUUCAGGAAGUGUUUCCCCUUUAAAAAAAAAAGCUAAAGUAUCCUUGUAUAGAUGCCUGUUUAUAAUGGGGAACUCCUAAAAAAUAAGGUUACCAUACUUAAAAGAUGUACAAAUAUUUGAUAAAUAGAUAGACAUCGGUGGAUUCCCGACCAUUAGUGUCUGCAGAUAUUCCUAUUCGACAAAUAAAUUCCAAAGGCAUAUCAUACUGUACAUCCUAGUUGGAUGAUACUAAUACUUUCUGCAUUUUUUAAAAGAUGCAGCUUUAGAUCCCACCUUUAUUAUUUUUAUAAAUAAUUCAACAUGGCAAACAUAACAAAUACUCCCCUUCAUCCUAUUUCCCCGACAAUGCUAACUCCGGAAAGUGAGUUGGCCUGAGAGCAAAAGAGAUUGGCCCAAAGUCAUCCAGCCGGUUUUCAUGCCUAAGGUGGGACUAGAACUUACCAUCUAUUAGUUAUUGUCCCAAAGUCACCCAGCCAGUUUUUAUGCUUAAGGUGGGAUUAGAACUCGCAUUUCACUUUUGCUUACAACUUUGCAGAGAUUCCUGGCUUCAGAGAGAUAAUUUCUCAUCCCAUCUUGCAAGCACCUAUGUUUCAGUGCUGUUGCCAUUGUUGAGACAUUAUUCAAUUCCCAGAUUGCAAUUGCCGGUAGGGGCACUCCUUUUUCAUAACAGCAUGGAAGUUAUUUGAACAUUCCUGGGGGUGAAUGUAGGAACAGAGAGGGUUUUUCCCCCCCAGCAAUUGCUUAUAUCUUUUCAUAAUUUGUUUUAUUAAUGUUAUCUUUUGGGUUGUAAAUGGAUAUCUUUUUUUCUGUAAAUAGGGAUGGGGUUUCAGAGAUAAGGAUUAUUUUCCUGGGAUGCCCUAUCAAAAUGCAAGCUCUCCUUCUAGAUGACUUAAGAAGCAACUGUACUUGCAUAAGAAGAAGAAAACAUUGGGAGGAAACUGCCACUAAGAUCUCUGAAUGGGAGUUUUAUCUCCAAUUGGAAAGAGAAAGAAUAGUUUGAUUGUGUGGGGAGAAUGAUUGGGCAAUGGCUGUAUUGAAAAAACAUUUGGAUCUGUCCUAGCAAGUACAAGGAAUGUUUCUCAUGAAAAUGGGUGCCUCUUAAAACAAAGGCAGUGAUUUAUAUUUUGAAGGCAACUCAAGACUGGCUGACUUGUUCCCAGUACAAACAGUCGGUGGCCUGUGCAGGAACGUAUCCCAUAGUUAUUGACCAGAAUGGACAUGUCAAUUUGCCUAGAACUGCAUCAAACAAAAGUAGGGAAGUCAGUAAGGGAAUGAACAGGAAAGUGAUGAGGAGUGUGGGAAGUAUGAAUACACUGAAUGGAAUUGGAGUGGUUUCAGGGGAAAAAAUGACAUAAGGAAAAGAGCUAGUUAGAAAAG